GGGAGCCCGGGCGGAGGUUGGUGCUGGAGCGAAGAGCCGCCCUAGGCGAAUUAACCGGCUUCGGAUUGGCUGUUCCGAGAAAAUGACGAGGCUUCGCGGUCCUGGGCAGAGAGCCGCGAGGAGGCGGGGCCUCUGGGCUUUGGGCGCGAGCGGUUGAAAGGCGUUGGUGUCGGUUCGGCUGAGGGGGUCCGGCCCCGCCGCCCAGCCCGCUCCAUGGCGGAGCAUGAGGAGGCGCAGGUUUCCUCGCCGCCCCCGCCACCGCCCUCGUCUCCGUCGUCGUUAGACGGCUCUUCAGCAUCUUCCCCCGGUGUCCCUGUGGGCUUGAGUUGGCCAGUUCCGAGCAAGAGCGACGUUAGGACAGUGGACCCCCUGGAGGAGGUGGAGCUGCAGAUCGGAGACGCAGCGUUUUCGUUAACCAAACUUCUGGAAGCCACAUCUGCAGUAUCAGCUCAAGUAGAAGACCUUGCCUUCAAAUGUACAGAAAAUGCACGUUUCCUUAAAACAUGGCGGGACCUCUUGAAAGAAGGCUAUGAUUCUUUGAAGCCUGACAGCUGAUUCGUCUGUGUUUGUCUGUACGUCCUCAUGUAUGGCGUCUGCACGUGUACCGUAUGUAGAGGAUAAUCUCCAGCAGUUCUCUAUACUGAAACUGAAAUUUUUCUUGGUUUCUUUAUUUUGAUGUGGGUCAGCAUUUGUUUCUCUUUAAAUAAUUUCUUCCUCUAAACUUUCAUGGACUCUUUUAUGAAAGUUAAUUUGAUUUGUACGUAGUAUUAAUAAUGCCACAGUGUUACCAGUAGCAAACUGGGUAGACCGUUUAUCUGUUCAACUUGCAAGAUGCCAAGAAUGGCAAAGGUUGAAGUUGAGCUUCGUUUUUUCUGGACCAGGAGAGGUAACUUUAAGGUUUUACCACUGCUAGAUCUAGCUCUGUUAGGCUAAGUUCUCGAGAACCAAUGAUUGUCUGACUUCUGUAUUUCCAGCACCUAGACCACUAUUACCCAACAAUCACUAAAUAUUUGUUGAAUAAGAGUUGAUAACAAAAUUAAAAACUGUUUUUUUUCCUAUUUUUAGCAGGAAGACUAUGAUUGUUUCUCUAAAAAAUAUUUGAGUCAGAACUUCAUUGACUUAAAGGACAUUAUCUUUUUUUUUUUUAAACAGGGAUUUGGACUUUAACUGGUAAAAUAUAUGAUAAAUAUUUUUUUGCCCUUCUAUGAUGCUUUUCAGAAAAUCUUUUAGUUCGGAAAAUGAAACAUGUCUUGAAAGAAAGCAAAUUUUUUCCCCUGUGUGCUUCUAAGGUUAACUGCUUUUACAGCUCCUCGUAUUUGAUGUUGUUGUAUGUUUGAUGGCUCUCUUUAAAGUGUCUUAUCAAAAUUACAGCUCUGUAGUCUGAAUUUUGAAACUUUGCAAGCAAUAAUUCAAAUUCUAAAUAUGAUGAUUCUAAACAAGUUACUUUUUGAAAAUGCAUCAAAUUUGAAUGAUAUAAUUGUUUUCAUAUUAUUUGACCUGAAUGACAAUGUUCUAUUUUACUUGUCCUGAAUCCUCAGUUGCUCGCUCUCUCUUUUUUUGGUGGGUUUAUGUCACGUGUCAGCGAUUAAGCCAAGCAAUCCUCUGCUGUGUAACUUCUGGACAUCUCUGAUGUGGCGUCUUAAUUCUUUGUAUGCAAAGAAUACUGUACAGAACUGUAAUCUGUCCAGAACUAGAUUUUAAAGGCCCCCAAUGGGCCUGUGAAAGGGGACAAAUGGACAGGAAAGGAUAUCUUGUUUAGCUUAUUAGGUCAUAGUUCUAAAUUAAUUUUUUUAGUUAAAGAUAACACAUAUGGUGUCCUCCUAUACCAAAGAGAAGCCUAUUUUGGUAUUAGAAAAAUAUCUUUCUUAAGUGUCAUGAAAAUUACAAUGUUUAAAAUGUACAAAAAUAAACACUUGUUCAAAGCAGA